CAAGCAAUAGAAAUACACAUGCUUCAGGAAUUUGCAGACGGAGACUUAAUGCUUUGCUGCCUUAUAAAAUCCUUUACAAAGUUCACCAUGCUCUGUUGCCUACUGAUAUACCUGCAGUCUGUAAAACAAACUCCCCUGUAUUUACUUAAGUUAGAGAAACAAAGUAGAAGCUGACAGUUUCAGGCCCUUCUUUCUAAUAAGGUUAACCUGCCUUCACUACUAAAUAUGGCUUUCUAAUAUAUACACACGCACACACACACACACACCCUUGACCACCAAAGACUGCCUCUUCCUGAAAUCCCCCAUUCAUAUAAAUACAGGAAGUAGAAAGAAGAGAGGCUAAAAUCAGACCUUCUUGGUAGUUUGCUUUCAUUUCAGUGCCUGUUUAGUCGUCUGCCCUCCGAUAUUACUGAGCCUGAAGUUGGUUUUAAACGUCCUCCCCCUGCUGCCCCUUGAAAUAUCAUCUUCAAUACAAAACCAGAGGAUGUGGAUGUUCUGCUCAGCGAUGGAAAGGAAUUGCUUUCUUUACCAAGGAACUCUAAAGCCACUGUGAAACAGAAAGUGUCUUAAAGUUUGCUGUAAUGAUGAAAACAUCAGCCCGAGAUGAGGGAGCCAGGGAUGACUCAGGCCCCAGCAGCAAUACCAGCGAAGAGGGGAAAGAGACACAUCUGUGCCAGGCUACUUCCCUGCGAAACUGCCUCUCGCUGUCAGGAGUCAGCAUCCUUGAUAAACUUAUCAAGACCUGCCCUGUCUGGCUUCAGCUGAACAUGAACCAGGAAAGAGCUGCGGCGAUUCUUGGCAACAAAGCAGCAGGGAUGUUCUUGGUUAGGAAAGAUAGUAAUGCAAACAACAUGGUCCUUGCGGUCCGCAUGCCUGUUCAAGGUGAUGCUCCUGGGGUGCUGGAGUACAACAUUAAAGAAGAAAAGUCAAUCCUGUAUCUCGAAGGAUCUGUCCUUGUAUUCGAGGAUGUCUUCAAGCUGGUUGCCUUCUACUGUGUCAGUAGGGAUUUGCUACCCUUCACCCUGAAGCUACCACAAGCAAUAUUAGAAGCCCGUAGCUUUCAAGAUCUUGAAAUUAUCUCUAGUCUGGGGAUAGACUUUUGGGAUUCCUCUUUAAACCACAGAAUGAGCACAGAGGCGUUAUCCCACCCUGCAGCAGACUCUGCCCUCAGCACGGCCCAGGCAGACGGUUUGAGAUCUACCCAGUGUGUCGCAAGUAGCACAAACCACUGCUCAUGUGAAAUUGAGCUGUCAAUAGGAAAUGACAGGCUGUGGUUCGUGAAUCCUAUUUUUAUAGAAGAGUGCAGUAAUCCUUUUCCUCCAGACUCACCUCCUCCCAAGGGCCAUGCUGUGUGCUCCAGCCUGCCCGCUGCCACCACCACAUCACCCCGCCGCCCCCCACCGCCCCCUCCACACUCUCACGGGCAGAAGAAGUCUUCCCUGAAGCUCCCACGGGAACCCAUGACGGCCUGUGAAGAAGCACAGCUUCUUCAGCCACUGGGCAAGAGCAUCAAGGAAAUGAAAACCGUGGGCGGUGAUGGUGAGGAAGGGAAGCAAAGCUGCUCUGACAAGGAGCCAUCAGCCGGCAGCCUCAAGAAGGGCCCCCAGCCUGCUGUGCCCCCGCGGAGGCGGCCAUCUGAGAGGGCUGCAGAGGAGAACUGCACGGGUAAGCCUGCAAGUUGUGAAACACCAAAAGGGGAACAGGCUGAAGAAAAACAAGAGCUGGAUACACAAAGCGAAGGUAAAAGGCUGUCGUGCAGCAAGGCUGCAGAAAUGCCUGGAGAGGUUCCUGAGCAGGCUGUGUCGCAGUUUCAGGAGGCAAAGCCCGAACCUGCAGAGAAGGAGUCCAUGCCUGAGGUACGAAGUGAUGCCACUGAGAAAGGAAAGUUGCCUCCUAUCCCACCACCCAGAAGGAAGAGGCUUUCCCAGGCACCGCGGGUCCUCAGCUCCUGCCAGUCAAAUCACAUAACAGUGGUGGAGCAGCCUGCAGCCACAGCUCAGGCUCAGGGCACAGGCAGCUCAGCAUCAGCAGCAGGCGCUGCCACUGGCACCAAUGCUGAGACCGAACAGGGACAUGGCCACAAGUCUGUGAACUCAGCUGAACUGAAGGGCUCACACUUGUCCCUGGAAGGCCUGGGAGGCAGUGCUGCAGCCCAGACAUCAGCAUCUGAACCAGACUCCUACUCCACCAGCAGCACCGAGGAUGACCUGGAGAUGCUGGGUACUUUGUCUACUAAAAAGACACGCUCCAUGAUCUUGGGCAAGGCCAAGAACAGGUUGUCUUUUGUCAGCCUGUCCAACGUCUUCACAGUUUUUUUGUCUAAUGAUAGAAAGCUGCAGAAAAAGAUAGUGGAGCUGGCACAGGAUAAGGACUCAUACUUUGGCAACCUGGUGCAAGACUACAGAGUGUACAGUCUGGAGAUGAUGGCAAAGCAGAGCUCCAGCACAGAGAUGUUACAAGAAAUCCGAAUGAUGAUGACGCAGCUGAAGAGUUACCUAGUGCAGAGCACCGAGCUGAAAUCUCUGAUAGAUCCAGCUGCCUACACUGACGAGCAAUUAGAUGUGAUUGCUGAGACAGCUUUGUACAAAUGUGUCCUGAAACCUUUAAAAGAAGCCAUCAAUUCUUACUUAAAAGAAAUCCACAACAAAGAUGGAUCUUUACAGCAGCUAAAAGAGAACCAGCUUGUGAUACAAAACACAACUACCACUGACCUAGGUGUAACGACCAGUGUACCUGAAACUGUUGUGCUGGACAAGAUCCUUCACAAGUUCACAACCAUGCACAAGGCCUACUCCCCAGAAAAGAAGAUUGGCAUCUUACUGAAGUCCUGCAAACUCAUCUAUGACUCCAUGUCUCAGGGAAACCCAGGGAAGCCUUAUGGUGCUGAUGACUUCCUCCCUGUGCUCAUGUAUGUGUUGGCUCGCAGCAACCUGACUGAAGUCCUUCUGAAUGUAGAGUAUAUGAUGGAGCUCAUGGACCCUGCGCUGCAGCUAGGUGAAGGCUCCUAUUAUUUAACCACCACCUACGGAGCCCUGGAACACAUCAAGAACUACGACAAAAUCACUGUCACACGGCAGCUGAGCGUGGAGGUGCAGGACUCCAUUCACCGCUGGGAGCGGCGGAGGACGCUGAACAAGGCCCGGGCUUCUCGCUCGUCGGUGCAGGACUUCAUCUCCAUUUCCUUCCUGGAGAUUGGUGCUCAGUCAAGGACACUUGCCUCACGGAAUGACACCACAACCGAGCAGCUGUGCCAGCAGUGUGCCGAAAAGUUUGAAGUCUCCCAUCCCAAGAUCUAUAGACUCUUUGUUUAUGUCGAUGACCAGUGGCUGCAGCUGGACAAAGAGGCCCUCCCUCACCGUAUCAAAGCCUCACUACUGAAGAGCGAAAACAAAAAAGAUUUCCAUUUUAUUUAUAAACCAAUAGAGUACAAAAAUCCACCAGUUCCAAUUGUCAGAGAGACUGACUUUUCUUAAAGGUCAUGGUACUCUUUUGUUGAGUUUGCUGUCAUCCUGGAAGGGCUGGAUAGCUUAUUUUGUGAGAUCCUCUGGUAGCUGCGGAUCUUAGGUCAUUGGAGCUUGACCUUCACCACAGGGCAGGUGUGCUAAUUGUAGAUGCUGUCUGAAUAUAGGCAUUUCUCAGUGAAGUUCAAAAAGGAGCAUUCAGGAGAACAUUAUCCUUUGGAAAACUUGAAGUAUCAAACCACAGAACCUCCCGCUGGCAAUGCCAACAUUGCAGAAUAGGCAGAGAAUGAUCUCAGAGAUCUUGUGGAAAAGUGGACAUUUACUCCAUCGUAAGUGAUGGCAGGUGCACCUCAGUGCUCAAGGCCUUGGAAUGGUCUGCACACACCUCAGUGCUGUUAGGAGGUAAGACUACAUUUACACCUACAUCUGUCAACUCAGUUUGAUUUAAAAAAGUACUGGCUGAUGUAUACAGUGGCACAGGAUUGCCAGCUAUAGCAGAACUCCAUCUCUGUCUUGCUGUCUGUAACACAAAAUUGCCUUUGAAAUCCAAAUAUUCACCAAUCAUGCAAGAAGAUUCAAUACAUUGACAAAGAAAAUAUUUUCUGCCAUUUAUUUGUCACUAACGCCAGGUGACAUAGGCAUUUUCAUCAAUGUAUUUUUCUUAAAAGAUUGGAAGUGUUCACCAUCAAUGUACAGCUGUUUAAAUGACAUUAGUUGUAUGAUAGCGUCUGUUUAAUUGUAUAUUUAUUUCUAUGUGUGAUAUGGUGCAAUUGUUUUAAAAUAAGAAUUUGUAAAGAACUUAAUAAUUUUCCCAAUGUAGCAAAGUAGAUUAAAAUUUUAAGUCAAAGAGCAAGAAUAAAAUACUGGUCUCUUUUUACCCAGCUGUGAUUUUCUCUAGUGUUUUCAUAUCUGCAUGUCCUGCCAGAUUGUUACUUCAAUCAGCUCAGGCAUUUGAGACAGAAUUUGCUAAUUCUUCUCUUUCUCUACCUCUACUUUCAGUCAUUUUCAGUCACUGCAAAUUUAAAUUUCCCUGCAACCUGAAUUUCCAUAAAAUAAACAUUGGAAAAAAUGCAUUCUGUGAAAUUAGCAAGCAACUUUUCAGUAUUGGAUAAUGACAGCAGAGCCUUAAUUGCAAAACAGAUCUUUGUCUUCUGGGUGCCUUCCUUCAGGCAAGAUUCCACUGCCAGUGUAGCUUCCACUGCAGAGACAAACAUGGGAUCAGGCCUAGUGAAGCUGCAGACUAGACUCUAGACUAGAAAGGUUUUACUGUGGGUUUUGCUCAAAGCUGCUGUUGUUUCCUCUCAUUAACAUUCAGAAACAGAACUGGGACAUGUCGGACCAAGUUGCUUGAGGUCCCUGCUCUAUGUCUGAACUCCAAAUGGAAAAUGACACUGCAUGUGGCUGGUCAUGCUCUCAGUCUCCGUGGCUUGAAAUGUCCAUGUCUGUGUGCAUGAGCCAUCGUGUGCAAUGGCCAAAUGUGCAUUACGAUGCCAGACCAUCUGUGCAUCUGCCAGCCUAGGCUGCAUGCAUAUGUUGUUGGGAAGGGAUGACAAUGAAGAAUGAGGAACAGUGAAUAGCAGCAGUCUCAGUUUUGAGGCCAUCACAUGCAGAGCUUGUGCUGGCGUGACACCAGCAGGGAACUGACUCCACGUUUCUGGUUAUUCAGUCAUUUAUACUCAUGUGCAGCUGUCAGCACUCGUGCCGUCCCCCAAGGCUGCAUACCUGCAGGGUCCUAUGCUGAACCCAAGGAAUUAAGCUAGGACUGAUCUUCUGCUGAAUAUUUCUGGGGAGAGACUGGACUUGGCAGCAGACAGGAAUGAGCAACAGAGUUAUGCAAAGAAGAGCCCCAGGCACCUGACAACACCUUGGGGAGGCCAUCAGCUGCAGGCCCUGGGGCGAGGGCACACCACAAGUUUUACGGCUGGGCAACCAAGCACGAGGAAACUCUGCUGGUGCAAAACCACCUUAAGACAAACAGUCCUGAAGUCAGAACUGCCAGAGAGAACAGGAGAGGAAGGAGAGAGGGAGAGGAAGAAUCAAGCUUUUACAAAAGCCCUCAAAUUGCACCUGCAAAACUUUCAUCUGGCAUUACAGCUGAAAAAGUCAAAGUAGAUUUACAAAGACAUCCAUGGACUACUCCCCUCUCCUCUGAAUUCAAGGGAUUAAUCUCUUUAAUGCAAGUUACUGUGCCUGGCAGUGAGCUGCCUGGAUGGAAAUCCCCAUGCUGGAACUCAGAGCUGAGGAGGAUCUCCCUCAGAAACUAUGGGGCACCUGGCCUGGUUGAGCAUAUCACAUAGAGCAGGUCAGCACGUCCUCCCUCUGGCUACUGGUACCUGGAAUCUCUCAGUACUUUGAACUGGUGUCUGACAUUCAAACAGUAAGAAAAAAAAAUGUUACAGAUGAAAUUAUCACUUUUAAAUACUCCUUAGGACUUUGUUCAUUGGCUUUGUCAUGAGGUAUUGUCACGCUACAGACUAACCAGUUAAAGAGGUACAGUCAGUCUGGAGAUCUGUGGCCUCUUCUGGUUAGUCAAGGCGGUCACACCGUGACUCAUGCUCUGAACCUCACAUGAGAAGUCAGCAGACAAGCUUUUCAGGAGACUUUGACCAAGUAUAGUUGUGUAAUCUGGCCAAGGUCUCCUCAAACACUUAUUUCCACAGAAAUAUUGUGCAACGAUCACUCAUCUAUGCAUAGGCAAAGGAUCCUAGUGUGAGAGAGAGAAGACCUGCCGAACCUAGCAACAGCUCUCAAGAAAAAAGAAAAAAAAAAACUAAACCCACAAAGCCCAAGUGGCCACUUUGUGCCCAGACCUGGCCUAAUGCCACACAGUACCAGUGAUGAAAUCUGUCAAUAAUUCACUGAAAUAAUUACACUGCGAGGUCAAGUACAACCUAAAAUGAAAGUCAUUGAAACUAAAGGCAGUUUUCCUGCUGAAUUCAGCUUUGGGCAUCAGCAUGCAUCAUUCACCAACCUGAUAGGUACUUUGAUAGGUACUUUGCACAGGACUCUAUUUUCCAUCAGGCAUGACUCGGGAUGGUGGGGCCACACAGCCCAAUCCCUGCUGAAAGCCCUGCUGCUCCCAGAACAGCUCAGCCUUGUCCUUUCUGUGCUGCAUGUCCCAGGGCUGGAGAUCAUGCAGACCUUCAGAAGACCUGCUCCAGUAUUUCAACCACGUGCACUGUGAAAACUGUGUUCCUUGUCCUCAGCUGGGGUAAAACCCCACUUGUCCCACUAGAUGGGAACCCCAGGAGGGAACUCCCUCCUGGCACUCUUUCCAAGGUCAGGGCUAAACACGACUAUUCUGCACAACACACUCUGACCUGUUCUGGUAGAUGCUGACAACUUACUGGGAACCAGCAGCCUUACUUAUUUUUAAGUAGUUAUUUCUAUAUCCAGUGUUCUAGGAAUUGUAGUCUGUGCAAGUAUGUGCCUGAAGGAAGAGUAAGGGUGUUUGUGCUUGCACAAUGCACCACAAACUACUCCUAAGAUUGACCUUGCACAAUCUUAAAAUCAUCUUCUAAUUAGGUUCUACCACCAUCCCAAAAUAAAGAGCCUGCCAUACAGGCAUUAAGCCAACAUGAUGCUAUUUGGAGACCUUAAAAUAAAUGUAUUGAUCAGUGCAGGUGAAGGUUGUGGGUCUUUUCAUUCUGCAGAGUUGUCUCCUGUGUGACUGUGUGGAUAGAAAUCUCCACAUUUCUGCUUUGCAUCCUCUCAGCUACAAGUGCCUGCAGGAGAACGUGAACGAAUCUGUGCUAGCAGUUGGUUUUUCAUUUAGCAAUUACUUGUUGAAGUCUACUCAGCCUACUUGAAGUCUCUCCGCUGUAGAGUGAUGUAGAGUAUUUGUAAAGAACCUGGAGGGCUUUUCUUUUCCUUUUACAUUCCAGACAUGAAAAACCAAAAGACAAAAAGUAUGCCUGAAUGCCGUCUUGUUUAGCCUUCCUUCUUUCUGUCUUCAGGAGAACAUCUGCAACACAUUAAUGCAAUCCAAAAUUUCACAACCUCUUAUUUAUAGAUCUCCAUCCAUUUCAAGUUUUACAAUUGAAAGGAAACCAGCUACAUUAAAAAAAAAGAAACCAAAAAACCAAAAAAAAAAAAAAAAAAAAACACCAAGUAUCUGAACUUUCAAUACCCUCAAGGCAUAAACAUAAAUUUCUCAAUUGAGUAAACUUGUGUUUCACAGCUUUCUACCUUUUCCUACCCAUUCUGAAGCUAAUUGCGCUCUUAAUCACAGCUGAAAGUGCUAAUGCUCUGGGAUUUGAUUCUUCUUAAGGUAAAUGAAAGUUCAGGUUUAGCUCCUUUCUCUUUUAGCUCCUUGGAGCGGAUCUACUCCAAAUUCUCACCAUCUUGUAGCUCUAUGAUUAAUUUUACCCUGUGUUUUUUCUUUUCUCACAAGGAUGAGAUAAUUUUUCCUAUUUAUUUUACAUUUUGGGAAGAUCUCUGAAGUAUUUCUGCAUCCUGUCUCCAUGCGUAAAAAGGUAUGGACAAUUUAAGACUAUUUGGAAGCACCUCAUAGCUUUUAAUUUGCCUUCCUGUUUGUUGUUUAUUGAAUCAUCUCUAAGGAACGUGCCUUUAAGUAUGAUCCAGGAGUUUUGCAUUUGUUUUGUUGUUGGUCUUGUUUGAUACAGUCUGUUUUAUAAAACCUUUAUGGAGGUUAAAUAACCACUUAAUGCACUGUCACGAAGGAAUUGGCUCUCAAUUCAUUUCAAGAAAUGAGACACUUAAUAUUGUAUUGCCCAGUAGGUUGAUGAAAUUAUCAACUUUAUUCACAGAUAAUUCCUGAACUCUGUGACUUCCCACACACUUGUGUGUACACACAUUUUAAUUAUAGCAUACUGGUGCUAAAUUUACAGCAUUAGAUACUUGUGUUUUUUCUUUGGAAAACAGUGUUUUCUACCCAAAAAGGUUUUUUAUUGUUCACAUUUGAACUGUGCUGUUAACAUCUGAUAGUUCUUGAACACAACAAUUUGCUUCUUUAAACUGUUAAGGAGUUAAAGCUUAAAAAACAAACUUUGGUUUCUUCACUCUUCAAUCAAUCUGCAAGUUAGUCACUGUAAUAGCAUUCAUUAUCAUUUAAAAAAAAAAAAAAAGAAAAAAAAGAUAA